AUGUCGCCAGCCCCAGCGCCGCAAGCCAUCGGGGUCCUGGCGAAGUACACGGAAAACAGCGCACUCCAGGGCUCAUUCGCAGAGCACAUCCACGCUCUCCAGUCCAUACAGCCACCCGUGCGAAUCGUCGCAGUCCGCACACCCCGAGACCUCGAGCAAUGCCGCGCUCUCAUCAUCCCAGGAGGAGAGUCGACCACCAUCUCGCUCCUCAUUCGCAAAUCGGGCCUUUACGAGCCACUGAAGGAGUUUGUUGCGCGAGCAAAGGAGGACAAGGGGAGGAGCGUAUGGGGGACGUGUGCGGGAAUGAUCCUCCUCGCGAGGGAGAUUGACGGGCCGACGAGCGAGGGAUGGGAGGGAUUCGACGCGAUGGACGUCAAGGUCGCGCGGAAUCAGUACGGUCGUCAGCUCCAAUCCUUCUCGUAUUCCGUCUCCCUCCCCUUCAUCUCCCGUCCCUCUGACCCCGUCCUCGCAACCUUCAUCCGCGCACCAGUCCUGCACUCCCUCCUCCCCUCCUCACCGUCCUCCCAGCCAGUCGAACCGCUCGCCCGCAUCCCCUCCUCUCUAAUCCCCUCUCCUCCGCACGCCAAAGCCGUCACAGGUGGUUCGACAACCUUAGGACCACACGCGGACGUGGUCAUGUAUCGCCAGGGAGGACUGUUGGCGAGUUCGUGGCAUCCAGAGUUGAACAAGGAGGAUGCGAGAGUGCAUGAGUGGUGGGUGAGGGAGGUGGUGCUCGAGGGGGAGGAGGCGUGA